AGAAUACGCUGAAAUAUAUUAUGUACACAUUUAGUAAUAGUAGCCUAGAAAUUAUGAAGGAUAUGUGAUUGUGUCUAUAGUUGAGUGUAUUUUUUACUUCGGAAUACACGGCAGAAGUUGUUGUCAAGAUUCUCUUCAUUUCGUUUUUCUCUUCAAUUGGCAUCAUAAGUUACGUUAUGUUCUACGUCAACAGCCGAGCUGUAAGUCGACGAAAUUUGUCAUUCUGGUUCCACUUAUUCGAAUAAAUAAAUCCUUACAAAUAAAUCCUAUUUUGCAUACAAUAACAAUUACUUUCUUCUCUUCAAGUUUUUUACAACGAAAAAUCUUACAAAAAAAUUAUAAUGAAAUGUUCUAAAUAAUAGAUAAGAUGCUUGACGGGUCAAAUUCAGUAUCGUUAUAACAGGCUAACAGAUGAGAACGAAAUCGCUAUCAUGGACGAAUAUGGAAAUAAGAUAAAACGUGUUACCAUUAUAUUUACAGGUAAAGCGACGUAUUAUGACAUUUUUCAUAUGCGAUUUUUGCUUCAUAUCCAAACGUAAUUAAUAAGUACGAAAGUUUUAGUCCUGAAUUUCAGCUUUACAAAUCGUCUCUUUUCUUUCUGUUAUUUUUUCUUUCCAGUGUUUUUUAUAUGUGGCUUAUUUAUCAUUUGUUUGUUGCAAUUUUGGCCACGCAUUCUCAAUGUAAUUCUACCCACAAACGAGACUCGACCGAUCUACUUACUGCAGAUUUUAAACGGGUAUUUUCUCGAUCCAGAGAGAUAUAUUUACUUAAUUUUGUUUCAUAUGAAUGCGACCAUUAGCAUAUGUGGCUUCACAAUGGUUAGCACGGGUGCAAUGCUGUUAGUAUACGUUCAGCAUAUCUGCGGGAUGUUGAAGAUUACCAGUUACCGCAUUCAGCACGCUAUAAAACUGAACGUGCCGCGAUCUGCUCAGAAACAGUGGAACGAAAAUCUAGCCUAUAAAAGAAUAAUUUAUGCAGUAGAUAUUCAUCGUGAAAUUUUACAAUUCGCUGAUAUUUUCAUGUCCACUUUCAAUCUAUGGUUUUCUCUACUCAUAUUUACCGUUGUGAUUUCCACAAGUCUCAACUUCAUGCGAAUUUAUAUGACGUUGACGAGCGGAUGCAAUAUAGAAGAAUUGACGAUAUCCGUUAUAUUGCUGAUUGUUCAGUACUUGUAUCAGUUCAUAGGCAACUACAGCGGCCAACAAGUGAUAGAUCAUUAUAAUCAAGUGUUCACCAUGGUGUACAAUAUUCAGUGGUACAUGACUUCAUUACAAAUGCAGAAGAUGAUAUUGUUUUUGCUGCAGCGGGGCACUAAGGUUUACAGUAUAAACAUCCGCGGACUGUUUGUGGGAUCCUUAGAAGGUUUUACAACGCUGUUGAGUGCCUCGAUAUCUUAUUUUACCGUUAUUUAUUCAACACGAUGAUGACAUGUAAA